UUCGUUCAUGCAAGCUGCUGGAGCAGGUUGCCCAUGGCGACUCGCGCCACCACCCCCUCCUACCUCUACAACGUCCUCCUCCGCCGCGCCGCAGACCACCGCGGCCUCCUGCUGGCCUUCCGGGCUAUGCUGCGCGCGGGCGUCGCGCCGGACCACUUCACCUUUCCCUUCGCCCUCAAGGCGCUCGCCCAGGCACGCGCCGCAGCGCCACCGCGCGCCGGCGGAGCCCUUCGGUGCCUCCACGCGCAGCUUGCCAAGUCUGGCCACGGCGCCGACGUCUACGUUACUUCCUCCCUCGUCCACGCCUACUCGGCAGCCGACGCCGACGCCGCCUCUGCACGUGCGGUGUUCGACGCCGCGCGCCACCGCAACGUCGUCACCUGGACGGCGAUGAUCGCUGGGCACGCCGCGGCUGGGGAGGCGCGGGAUGCGGUCGCGCUAUUCAGGGAGGCUGUGGCGAGCGGGCAAGAGGUAAUUAAUAGUGUCACGGCCGCGCAGGUGAUGGCGGCGUGCGCGCAGUGCGGCGACAUAGAGAGCGGGACGUGGGUGCACGACACGCUCCGGCGCUGGUGCGUCGAGCCCGUAUUGCUCGAUGUUGCUCUUGCCACGGCGGUACUCCAUAUGUAUGCCGCAUGUGGUGGUCUCAGUGUUGCAGUUCAAGUGUUCGAUGCAAUUCCUCAAAGAAACGAGGUGUCCUGGAAUGCAAUGGUUGAGGUUUGUAAUCGUCAUGGCAGCUCGGAUAAGGUUCUAGAAGCUUUUGCUGCUAUGCAUUCUGCUGGGAUGAAGCCUGAUAAGGUGACAUGGCUGAGCAUACUGCGUGCUUGUACAUCGAAGGGAGAUACGGGCUUAAGCCGAGGGGUUCACGCAUACUUGGAAAAGACUAAUUGUUGUCGACAUGUUUCAGUUUGCACAUCUCUAAUGGAUAUGUAUUCAAAAACAGGAAAUGCACAGAGCGCGCUCCAGAUAUUUCAUUGUCUCAAAGGAAAGGAUUUGAUGGCAUGGACAAGCAUGAUCAGCAGUUUGGCGAAGCAUGGCCAAGGCAGAGAUGCAGUGCAGCUCUUCAAGCAGAUGGAGUAUGGUGGCGUUGUUCCAGACCAUGUUGCAUUUUUAGGCGUGCUUACCGCUUGCAGUCAUGCAGGGAUGGUGGAUGAAGGCAGGAAAUAUUUUGGCUCCAUGCUGAAUCUUUACGGCAUCAGACCAACGGUAAAACAUUAUGGAUGUAUGAUUGAUCUCUUGAGCCGUGCAGGUCACUUAGGAGAGGUUGAGAGGAUGAUGCAGCUGAUGCCUAUUCAGCCCAGUUUUAGAAUGUGGGGAAGUAUGAUGAACGGUUGCAAGAUACAUGGUAGGGCGGAUGUAGCUGAGAGGAUAGGAUGGGAGUUUGCUGAACUUAACCCUCAGUUAAGUGCAACCUAUGUGGUCAUGUCCAACAUAUACGCAGAGGUUGGUAGGUGGCAUGUGGUCGAGCAAACUAGGAGGCUGAUGUGGCAGAAGGGAUUGAAGAAAAAUAUUGGCUCAAGUGGCACUGAAGUGCACAUGCUGUGCUCCUGAAUUCAAUCGAAGUGAGAGGGGGGGAAUACUGUGAAAGACGUGUUGUGGAAAUGUGACAUCAAAGGCAUGUACAUUCCUGUCUGGACCAUGCGUUUGAAUUGAAUUGCCAGUUUUAUGUGCGGACAUAGAGGACAAUCUCUUCAGGGGCAUCUGAACAGAUAGACACCGAGCCUUCAAGGUGUGCGAAGUACUGGGCACUUUGGCAGUAAACGACAUGCACCCAACACUAGCAGAAAGUAUUCAUAGCCUGGAGCCUUGGAAUAGCUCAAGGAGUCAGGACACUGAACACUUGCUAAUUGGCAAUGCUGGUACGCUGAAGGUGGUAACAUGGCCUUCAUGACCUCUUCAGUCAGCUGUGGUUGGUUAGCCGAUCAAUAGAAACUGAGGACUUCUUCCAAUUAGAUCUUCAACAUUUGAAGGUUCAUUGCCCCCAAGAAUGCAGCCAAACAAGUCAAAAUAAGCAACACUGCAACCAUCAGUUCUCCAGCAGGGUGUGGAUUUCUGUUGGUUUAUGAUGGGCUGAUCCCACUGUAGGUAUGGACCUUCCUUCAUGAAGCUUGAGGAAGCACUCACUUUUCCAUCCACGGGAUUCUUGGUUCUGCACUUAGUCUUGAACCUUUGUUGGUUUGGGACGUCAAUCUCAUUCGUCAUAUCCGUCUUGUCCAUUAUGGGCGGAUGCGCGAGCUUGAAAGAGAUACUGCAAUUUGAAUAGUUAAUGCUGCUCACACUACUGUAUAUAGUCGAUAAAUUGCUGAUUUUUUCUU